GUGUGUGUGUGGAGUUGGGUGUCCAGUUUCCUGUUCCCUCUCAUGCUAUUCUAAAAUCCAAAAAGCUCAAACGAUAACAUUUGAGAGUUUUGUUACGUAUAAAUGUGUAAGUGUUCACAAGGGUUUGCCUGGGACCCCCUGCUGGGUGUGUCACAUGAUAUACACAGAUUUUGUACCCCAUCUUCCUAAAAUCCCAAACAACUGGAUUCUAGAACAUGUGUAGCCUCUGGGGUUUUCAGUAGACCCUGGUUUCUCUGGCUCCCUCUCCAUCCUCCAUUCAGCCCUUUUUACAGUUCUGCUCCCACCAUAACAUGCAAAGCGACUGGGUAUCCAUGCCAUAUGGGGACACAGGGCAGUCUUUUGGGGCUGGUCUUUCUUUACCUUCCUCAGCCUCAGGCCCAGUGUGUACCCUCUCGGUCAGGAUUUUUUGUUAUCUUGGGUUCUCUGUGGAUGGACCUCAUCCUCUUUAUCUAAGAUCUUGCUGCUAGGCUAACUCCUCUACCCCUCCUGGGGGAGACGAGGUCAGCCAGGCAGGAAGGGGGGUAGAACUGCUGGGGUAAGCACCUGAUUUCAAGGUAACAGAUGACCCACUUCUCUCUUUGAGUCCCGCCUCAGCCUCGUCUUCAACCUCGUGUCUGUCUAUACUUCCCUUGGGCCCAGGGCCAUCUUAGUUCCUGCUGUGAGUCCAGAUGGUUUGUAGGCCAGGUCUUACCUCCUCCCUGCUGGCUCAGAGCCCAGGAGGAAGCAGAGGAAGGCUGGUCUAAGCCUUCUGGUAGCCCGUUCCUCCAGGAGCCCAUCUAGGUCAUCUUCCUCCUGAUACCAGCAUCUCAGGGCUACCUUGUCUGGGGUUGUUCAUAAAUGGCAGGAACUCACCACCUUGGUGGAAGCUUGUCCUAGGCCCUCCGUCGCCUGAUUUCAUUCAUUUCUGUCGUAAGUGCUUCUAGAGCAUCUACUUUGUCAGACACUAUUCUAAGUUCUCAAGAUAUAGCUGUGACCUAAACAGAUGGAAAUCUUUACCCUAGUGGAACUGAUCUUCUAGUGGUGGUGGUGAGGAGACAGACAGUAAAGAAUAAAGAAGCAAAUAGGUAGAUUAUGUCAUUUCUAAGGAACCCUGGUGGCACAACAGUUAAGUGUUCAGCUGCUAACCAAAAAGCACAGCUCAAACCCACCAGCCAUUCUGCAGGAGAAAAGACCUGGUGAUCUGCUCCUAUAAAGAUUACUAAAACUAAUUUAUUGCUGUUGAGUCGGUUCUGACUCAUAGUGACCCUAUAGAACUGCCCUGUAGGUUUUCCAAGGCCGUAAAUCUUUAUGAAAGCAAACUGCUACAUCUUUCUCCUGUGGAGCAGCUGGUGGGUUCAAACUGCUGACCUAUCAGCGGCCGAGCGCUUAACCAUUACACUGCUAGGGCUCCUGCCCAUAAAGAUUACAACCUGGGAAACACUAUGGGGCAGUUCUUUGUCCUGUACAGCUGUUGUGAGGCAUACAACAGCAACACCAACAACAUUUGUACUGAGGUGUUGAGUGCAGUGGGGAAAAUAGGCAAGGUGAAGGGAGGUUAGGGUGGCUGAGAUUUUAAAUAUGGUUGUUUUUGGAUGCCUCACUACUCAGUGGAAGAGGUGACAUUGGAGCAGUGGCCUUAAAGAGGUAAGGGAAUGAGCCAUUUGGAAAUCUGGGGGAAGAGUAUUUCAGGCACAGGGAACAUCCAGUGCAAAAGCCCUGAGGUGGGACUGUGCUGAACAGCAAUUAGGAAUGAUAAGGCGGGAAGGUGAGGUUAGAGAGGUAAAAGAGGCCAGUGAGAUAAGAUCGUGUGGGCCACAUUGGGGUAUUUAUUUGGGGUGAUAAGGGAGAUGUGGUGCAUUCUCAAAUAAAGGAGAAAUGUAGCCCAGCUUGGCUUGUAAAACUCUGGGUGGGAUCUGCUGGGUCCCAGUCUAAUUGAACCUUUCCAGUAAGCCCUGAGGAGAGCUGGUAUGCAUUGAGAUGCCCCUCCCCAUGGCUCCACCCAGUGGUUGGAUCUGGGUAGGGCCCCUCUCUCCUUGCACUCCCCCGCAGGCCAGCUAGACUAGUGGAAUGGUCCACUAGUCACCGUGACGAUGGUUGCUGGGUAGCUAGGAGAGGCGAGAGCGUCCCUGUGGCUGCGGGGAACAUUCUGCCUUGGCAGCUGGGGGUGAUGUGGGGCUGGUGCCAGUGGAACAUGCCAUUCUAUGGGCGUGCCCAGGGCCAUGUCAGCGGUCCCGCGGCCCUGGGCGAGCUUGUAGCCCCAUCCAUGGCUGAAUCCACCACUGCCACUGCACCUGAGAACACCUGCUGUGGAGCCCUCUGCUCCUACAGUGAGGCUGUCCCUGUAGAGACCAACACCCCACCGGGUGGGCCCUUGCCCUCAGCCAGCCACCCAAGCCUGAGUACCCAGGUCGCCAUGGAUCGGAUGAAGAAGAUCAAACGGCAGCUGUCAAUGACACUCCGAGGGGGCCGAGGUAUAGACAAGACCAAUGGUACCCCUGAGCAGAUAGGCCUGGACGAGAGUGGUGGUGGUGGUGGCAGUGACCCUGGAGAGGCCCCCACACAUGCUGUCUCUGGGGAACCUCGCUCUGGACGGGGCCUACUCAGUGCUGCACAAGAGAUCGUACAUGAGGACUUGAAGAUGGGGUCUGAUGGGGAGAGUGACCAGGCUUCGGCCACGUCCUCAGAUGAAGUACAGUCGCCAGUGAGGGUGCGCAUGCGCAACCAUCCCCCACGCAAGAUCUCCACUGAGGACAUCAACAAGCGCCUGUCACUACCAGCCGACAUCCGGCUUCCUGAGGGCUACCUUGAGAAGCUGACCCUCAAUAGCCCUAUCUUUGACAAGCCCCUCAGUCGCCGCCUCCGUCGUGUCAGCCUGUCUGAGAUUGGCUUUGGGAAAUUGGAGACCUACAUCAAGCUGGACAAGCUGGGCGAGGGCACCUAUGCCACCGUCUACAAAGGCAAAAGCAAGCUAACAGACAACCUUGUGGCACUCAAGGAGAUCAGACUGGAGCAUGAAGAGGGGGCACCCUGCACCGCCAUCCGGGAAGUGUCCUUGCUCAAGGACCUCAAACAUGCCAACAUCGUCACGCUACAUGACAUUAUCCACACAGAGAAGUCCCUCACCCUUGUCUUUGAGUACCUGGACAAGGACCUAAAGCAGUACCUGGAUGACUGUGGGAAUGUCAUCAACAUGCACAACGUGAAAUUGUUCCUGUUCCAGCUGCUCCGUGGCCUGGCCUACUGCCACCGGCAGAAGGUGCUACACCGAGACCUCAAGCCCCAGAACCUGCUCAUCAAUGAGAGGGGAGAGCUCAAGCUGGCCGACUUCGGCCUGGCCCGGGCCAAGUCAAUCCCAACGAAGACGUACUCCAACGAGGUGGUGACAUUGUGGUACCGGCCCCCUGACAUCCUGCUGGGAUCCACAGAUUAUUCCACCCAGAUUGACAUGUGGGGUGUGGGCUGCAUCUUCUAUGAGAUGGCCACAGGCCGGCCCCUCUUCCCAGGCUCCACGGUGGAGGAACAGCUGCACUUCAUCUUCCGCAUCCUGGGAACCCCAACUGAAGAGACAUGGCCAGGCAUCCUAUCCAAUGAAGAGUUCAAGACAUACAACUAUCCCAAGUACCGAGCUGAGGCCCUUUUGAGCCAUGCACCCCGACUUGACAGUGAUGGGGCCGAUCUCCUCACCAAGCUGCUGCAGUUUGAGGGUCGCAAUCGGAUCUCCGCAGAGGACGCCAUGAAACAUCAGUUCUUCCUCAGUCUAGGGGAGCGGAUCCAUAAACUUCCUGACACUACUUCCAUAUUUGCACUAAAGGAGAUCCAGCUACAAAAGGAGGCCAACCUUCGGUCUUUGUCAAUGCCUGACUCAGGCAGGCCAGCUUUCCGGGUGGUGGACACCGAGUUCUAAGCUGAGUACUAAGCCACAGACCCAGGCCCCAACAGGCAGCAGCUGGAGGGAUGCCACACCCCUCACAGGGCAGCCCCCGACUGCAUCCCACCUGCUUGCUGCCUGCCUACCUGCCUGAUCCAUGCUUACCUGCCCACUUGUUCCUGGCUGCCUGUCCCAACACCUGACCAUUGGCCUGUCAAUCCACCCAUUGGCCUGUCUACUGGGUGCUAACAAAGCUCUCAUCACUCCUUCACCUGGUCUGUCUUGUGUCUCUCUCUGUCUCGGCAGUUGCCGGUGGACAGCAUGGCUGUGCCAGCGUCCCACACUGAGGCCAGGCUUACUCCCCUCCCCAUCAUACCCUCCCUCAGGACUACUACCCCAUGGCCAGCCAGGGAUCCAGAGCUAGCCCAGGUUGGGGAUCUGGACUCAGACGAGAUGGUGGUGAUGCCCCAGGUCUGAGGCUUCCCGUGCCUGACUUCCUGCCUGCCCCACCUGCCUCAUGUUGUGUGGGCCUCUUUUUGUUUGUUUCAUUCAUUUUUUUUGUUUUAAUUACUUUGAAUGAGGUUUUCAUUUUUUUAAAUGCAAUACUCCAUACAGACUGGCUGGGCCCCACCCUCUGUGUGGGCCCUCCUGCAGUAUUUUGUGCAAUGAAGCCUCACUCCCAGCCCCUCUGAGGCAGGGACACAGCCCCUAUCCAGGACCCUGACCAUCACCAGAUCCUGGGGUCAGCUAAGGGAAAGCAUGCCUUGGCCACUCACCUUCCUACCCCCGCCUGCCAUUCUCAGCCGCUAAGGGACCUGGGAACUACCAGAAACUCUGAGAGAUGGAUGAGGUGGGGGUCCCCACUCUUACCCUCCUGCAGUCCUGUAGCCAGGCCCUCCUUCCUUCUCAGGGUCUCCCCAGCCCGGCCCUCCUGUGCCCCCAUCCCACUCGGUGCUGUUGAGUAGGGGUCCUGCCGGGAACUAACCAACUCAGCAAGGAGCCAUAGUGUGUAUAUGUGCACAAGCAGGGACAGGGGUGCAUGGGGGGUUUGUGCCCAGGCAUUACCUCCUAAUCCCCGGGAAGGAUGCGGCAGGGCAGGGACAGUUUCCGGGAUCAGUCCCCAGAUGGGUGGUUACCUCCCUUUCCUCCACCCUAAACCCUGGGGCCCUCAAAUGGGGUGGGAGGGCAGCGGUGAGGGCCCUCCUAGUGGGGUUUGGGAGGUUGGGUUCCUGAAUGCACCGUAAUCGCUGUAUGAAAUAUUAAAAGUCUAAAGUGAAAA